GUUAAUUAUCAGAUGACAAAUUUAUAGAAACCCUUGCAUAAUUUCUUUCUUUAUGUUUUUUCCUUUUGUCUGCGGAAAGUUAACUAGGGAGGAGAGAAAAAGGCGAGAGCUUUCUGCGAUCUGACGGGUCUCCCUGCGCUUUUCGAGAGAAAGAUAUGGCGUCGGCGGCGGCAGCAGCGGCGGCUAACCGGUUGGCUGGAGGUGCAGGGGAGGAGCAGGAAGAGGAGCAGAGUGCGUUUCUUCGCGACCACCGGCGGUCGUGCUACCACGUGCCGCAGCAGAGCCGGAGGGAGAAGCUCAGAUUCCCUACGCACAGCUCUCUCUCCAUCGACUCGUCCUCGUCGCGGAUCGGCCGGUCGGCGCCGCACGGGCCGUUUACAGGCUACGCCGCGGUGCUCGGCCGCUCCCGGUUUCUCCAACCUGCGUUGAGGCUUCUAGAGGAGGUGUGCCAGGUGGGGCAGCAACGACGGCGAGCAGGAAGCCUCGGGGACGCGCUUUUGGGCGCAGAUAUGACGGAGAGGAAGGAGUUCUCCCCUGUAACCGGCGGGGAGCACCGCCGGAGGAAGACACGGCUAAAUUGUCUGCUCGAUGAGGUUCACAGAAGAUACAAACAAUAUUAUCAUCAGAUGCAAGCCGUCGUCACCUCGUUCGAGGCUGUCGCAGGAUUGAGCAAUGCGGCUCCGUACGCCUCAAUGGCUCUCGAGGCCAUGACCAAGCACUUCAGUGGCCUGGGGAGCAUUAUCUCCGGCCAACUCCGUCCGACGACCGACGGUCUCGGAAACGAAGGCGUCAAUCGAGAACCAACGGCGAGCUCCUCGCUUCUGAACAGAAGCUGUUGUUUCCAUGGGCCGCCGGCGGCAGAAGCCGUCGCCACCUUCGCGCAGCCACACUUCUGGCGUCCGCAGAGAGGGCUUCCUGAGCGGGCAGUCGCCGUGCUCCGUGCCUGGCUCUUCGAACACUUCCUGCACCCGUAUCCCACCGACGUCGACAAGCAAAAUUUGGCUAAACAGACAGGAUUGACAAGAAACCAGGUGAAAACGAAACACAAUCAGAUUCGUCCAAAGCAGUUUCUAUGCGUGCGUGAUUCUAGUUCUGCUUCCUCCCUCUUGAUCAGGUUUCUAACUGGUUUAUCAACGCGAGAGUGCGAGUAUGGAAGCCGAUGGUCGAGGAAGUGCACGCCCUGGAGAUGCGCGAGAAGAGCAAGAUGUCUGGAAAUGGCGAUCGCGGCCAGCCUCCACAAAUCCAGACCGCGAGCUCAAGAAGUCGCACCGAUCAGUACCCAUCGACGCACAUUCGAGAACCUCCACUUGAAUCUGCUGAUCAUUGCAGGAAUGGAGUCUCACUCACGUUGGGACUCCACCGGAAUGUUGGAAUUCACUUUUCCGACUCGCUUCACGGCCCAGAGGAGUGCUCAUGUUGCUGCUUGUACGAGGAGAUGAAUAAAUAGGCUUGUUAAUGUAAUUUGUUUGCCAAGACACUGCUUUCUUAAUCUGUAAAAGCAUAUCGAUUGCAGAUAAUCAUCCUGUUUCGUUGUCUUCUUUAA